GGAGGACCCAUUUCCGAUUCCUGACGCGCCGAAAUCGAACUCAAAAAUGGCCGGCGUUUGUUGACAUAUUGUCGAUUUUCCGGGUUUCUCCUCAAAACUGUCGCAGCUCUUCAAACAAAUUCGAAUAAUUUGACACUCGCGCAGGUCUUCACAGCAUUUUUCAACUAUCAGACUGUCAAGCGGACCAAAUUUACGGAUUCCCUCCUGCGGCCGCGAGACGAGCAGAGAUGUACAAAUAAAUAUGUCAGCGAGGAUGAAAAAGUGGCGCGAGCGUCUGAAGAAGGUGGAGCAGCUGGCCGAGGCCUUGCACCGCAGUCCCGUGAUCCCUCGCUACAGGCCUCGACUUUGGCCCCGCCAGCCUUCGUCCGUCUGGAGGCUCUUCCCUCGCCAGAGUACGGCGAUCGGGUUCGCUCACACGUGCAAGGAGCCCGUGCAUGUGUUUGCGCUGGAAAAAGAGAAGGCUCCCCAGGGUCAGAGGAUAUUCCUGGUGACCAGUUACAGUGAACUGUGGCACUACUACAGGACCUACCCGAAGUCCUUGAUGCACUGCUACGAGGUGAUACCAGAGGGCGCUGUUUGCAAGCUGUACUUUGACUUGGAGUUCCACAAGCCGUCAAACAGAGAGGCCGAUGGGAAAAAGAUGGUGUCCACGUUGAUCCAGUAUGUUUGCCAAAAGCUGAAGGAAGUUUAUGAGGUGGAAUGCUCCGCAACAAACAUCCUCAAUCUGGACUCCAGCACCGAUGACAAGUUCAGCCAGCACCUCAUAUUCAACCUCCAAAACGCGGCUUUCAAAGACAACGUUCACGUCGGUGCCUUUAUUCAUGCUAUUCUUCAACCCGUCCUGGAUGGACGCGAUGAAGGAGGAAGUACGCAGACCAAAAGACAGAAGCACGACGAGACUGACCUCAAUUUCGUUCACGUAAAGAGCAAGGAGGGCCACCGGGUUCUUUUUGUUGAUCUCGGAGUCUACACCAAGAACCGAAAUUUCCGUCUUUACAAGUCAUCCAAGGUCGGGAAGAACGCUGCCUUCUCCUUAGCGGACGACGACAAGUUCAUCUCCCAACCCAACAAGGGCGUCUCUACGGAGGAAAGUGUGUUCCUCGCGUCUUUGGUGUGCAACGUGAGCUUCACCGGCCAGAGAAUUCUGACGUGGGAAGUCAGAGACGCUGAGGCUGUUCGGACCACCAGGGGUCAGAGCCAGCGGGGCUUACCAUCCGACGCAGGCUCACGCUCCGGCUGCCUGACGUCCCCUCACCGAGAAGUGGACGACUUUGUGUUAACGGUGGUGAGGAAGGACGCCAUACAAGGAAGCAUCAGACGGUGGAACUACUUUGCCGUCGAGCAGCUGCUGGUCUACGACAUCGCCAACUACCGCUGGUGUGCCAACGUGGGCCGCUUUCACAAAAGCAACAAUAUCAUGAUCGUGGUGGAUCUCAAAGAGGAGGUGUGGUACCAGAAGUGUCACGAUCCCGAAUGCCGGAACUUCAGAUCCUUAAGUUACCCACUGCCGCAGGAGAUCUGCAUCACCUACAUUAUGAUGCUCGACGACGAAGACCAAGCGUACACGAUGGAUGAGGCGGGCAACAUCGAACCCGGCCGGGCACCAAAGACGGCACCCGGGGAUCAAGAGUCGGGCGACGCAUGGGGGGGGGGCGCCGAGGAAGACCGGGAAUUCUCGGACUGCCUCGACGACUUUGAGCUGAACGGCGGCGAAAUCCCCGAUGAGGUGCUGCUCGGCUGCGUGGAAGAUUUCCAACGGCAGUAAAAA